GGGGGCCUGCUGGGUGAUGCUUCAGCAUCCUUCUGGCUGUAUGCCUGGUGCUUCCACAGAGGGUGACAUCAAAGAGAACCUUCCCCUUCAGAGCCUGAGUUGCCAUAAUGACUUCACAACUAGGAUUAUCUGCCAGUGGGAGGAAGUGGCCGAUGCCCAACCCUACCUCAACCUGACUCUUUACCGACAACAGCAUGAUAUGGCAGAGCAAGUCUCCUGUGUCCCUGGGGAGAACACAUCCUUGCCCACAUGCCAGUUCCAAUCCUGCAUGAGGACGUGCAUCAUUCACCAGGACACAUUUGUUGGGAGUCAGAUUGACCUCUUUAGCUUCCAACCAGAUCGACCUCUGAAGGUCCGACUCCACAUCAACCUGGCCCAGAAUGUUCAGCCUCCCACCCCAGAAAAUUUCAUGGUUAUGAAAAAUGGAUCCAAAGGCUUCCUGCUUUCCUGGGAGAUGCCCCAAAGUUGGAACCAGAACCUCCAGUCAUCCCUGAGGGACCUGAAGUUCAAGGUGGCCUACAAGAGGCCAUGGGAGUCAUGGGAGUAUGCUUCUACAGUGGACUCCUCCAUGUCCCAUGUUCCCCUGGGCAUGAUGACCCUCAUUCCUGACAACCACUAUGUGGCCCGAGUACAGGCAAUGUCCCUGGAGGGACAUUCCAGCCUGUGGAGUUCUGAGGUUUCCUGGAAAUCUCAGGAAGGGGAUGCAGCUCAACCCAAGAACCUUCGGUGCCUCUUUGAUGGACACACAAACCUCAAGUGCACCUGGGAAGUGAGGACCGAGAUUGCCAGCUCUGUCUCCUUUGGCCUCUUCUACAACGCUAGCCCAGAUGCAAAGAAGGAGUGCAGCCCCGUGCUCAAAGAGAGGAUACUGGGCAGCCCCUAUGUACAGUACAGGUGUCAGAUUCACAUCCAGGACGCCAUCAACCCAAGCCAGUACACAGUCACUGUGCAAAGCAAGAAGGAGGAGAAACCUUUCCCAAGUCAGGAGCACAUCAAGCCACACCCACCACUUAUUAAGGUCAAGACCGGACAAAACACCUACCACCUCAAAUGGGAAAAACACAAGAUCGAUUACGACAUAGAGCAGACCUACCAAGUUCAGUACAGGAAGUCAUCACAAUCCUGGGAGGCAGCCCACAAUGAAAUCUUGGUAACAAGGGAGUUCAUGGACAUCCCUGUGACUUCUCUGGAGCCUGACACAGGAUAUGUUGCUAGAGUGAGGACAAAGGUGACAUCCCGAGCCUACAGAGGGUCAUGGAGUGAGUGGAGUAAGGAGUGCACCUGGAGGACAGAGAGAGUCCUUCCUCCAUGGCUCCUGCCACUGGGGCUGGUCAUCACUACUGUCCUGAUGCUGCUGGGGGCCUGGUGCUGUUGUACCUUUGGGGCCAGACUGAAGAUAAAUUGGGAAAACAAGAUUCCCAACCCGAGUAAGAGCUACCUGUUCCAGGAUAAGAAGCAAAAGAUUUGGAUUCCUGGGAAACAUUCUACGUUUAGGCAAGAGAGCCCUUGGGAGAAGGAGGAAAGACAAGGUUCUGUCUCCAGUUUGGAUUGGCAUGAUUUUGAAGAUAACAGAAGCUCCGUGUCCCCUCUCACUGCUGUGGAUCCCCAAGACACAUGUUCUCUGUCCUCUGUCCCUGACCCAGCAUCCAUCACUUUACCUGAUGAGGACCUGAGCCUGUCUACCUCCCAGAAAGAGCCUGAGCCCAACAACCCAAUGAAGGACUUAGCUUCUGGCCUUGCUUUCAAUGGCCUCUACCUAGACCUGCCCAAAAGCCACUCCCUGAUCAAUAUCUCUGACCAGAUGAGAUCCUGCCAGGCUAAAGGGAACAAGAAGCAGCCCCAUAAGUCCCUGGAGUAUUUAUGUCUGCCACAAGGUGGGCAGGGUGGCCUUGUUCCUAUGGCCACGUUGGCUGAACCAGGAAGGGAUAAAGAAAAAAAGGAAACAUUGUCUGGUCAUCCUUCAUCCAGUGAAGAAGUUGAGCCCUGCACACUCAGGGAAACAAGGCAGGAGAAGAGCCUCCAUCAACCAAAUGCCCGCUCCAAGGCCCCCAGAAAUCAGGCUACAUUGCGGCCUGAGGACCUGGUGCUUGGCUCUGAGAACCCUGAAAGUCUCCCUCUCUCCACCAUGCCUCCCAUACCCUUGUCAGCCCCUGAGUCCAGUCUUGGCCUCCCCCAGAAGAGACCAAAUGGGCCUCUUUCAGCCUCUAGCCCCUGCAAAUGCUGACAUUGGGAGGGUUAUUUUGAGGUCCCUCCAAACAUGGUCAGUGCUGAGGCCCCUCCAGAGAACCCUGGCCCCUUAGCUCCAAAUGUCAUGAAUGCUCAGCAGGAUGAAACCAUAACAGUGGUCCAUCCCAAUGGACUCAUUGUCCUGAAGCAGAUAGGAGACUAUUGCUUCUUCCCUUCCCAGAGCCAGUUGGUUACUCCUGGCCAUUGCCCUGAGAAAAUGGGUAAGCCCCAAGACAUUCAGGGUAAGGAGCCCCCCAAGCCAGUCCCUGCCCCAGGUGCCAGCAAAUCCAGCUCCUUCAAGGCCAUGAAGCAUCAGGAUUACCUUACUCUGCCCCCAUGGGACAGCUGUGGGUCAGGCCAGGUGUGCUAAUAAAACACCCUCAGACAGGGCAGCUGCCAGUCUCCAGUGGGCAGGUACCUUCUCAUUGGGUGCCCACCUCACUGGGUUUUGUACUUUCUAUACCUAGUGGAAUGGAAGCUCUUUGAGGGCAAGGAUUUUCCUGUUUCUGUCGAAGACGAGUUUGAGAGCAAACUCUGCCCAUUUGUAACCUCAGGCAAGUUAUUUCCCUCUCUGGGUCUCAGUUGCUUUUUGGUCUCAGAGGAUGGGCAAUGAAACAUGUUCACCUCCUCUACAGAUGCAGAAUGUGAUGGGGACUUACAAAUAAAGAAUGUAU